GUAUUUGUGCUUCUCUCCACUAAUUCCGUGAUUCUAAUAUAACUUAUAGCUGCAAAAAUAGCGAUAUCUAGCAAUGCUUGAAGUUGCGUUUAUGCCGUGUUUCUGUCGCGAUAUAAGUAAAGAUAGAUAGUGUAUCUUGAUACGAAUUUACGUAUGGAGAAAAGUGAUUGUUAUAUCGAGGAGGAAGAGGAAACGAUCGAAACAGAAGAAGAAACGUAAUACGUGAAAGAUACGUUUAUACGCGCCGUGGUGCGAUACUGAGGGGUAUAUAGUAUAUAGGUGUAAAAGACCGUCAAGAGAGGAGGAUACGUUCGAACAAAGUCGAACAGUUUCGAAAAUGGCAGCCAAAAGCGGUGGCAGCGAUGAGUGGUCAUCGAUAAUGAAACCAAUUUUAGCAGUAUCGCAUGGAUCAUUCGAUAAAAGUGACAUAGUGGAAUUGGCUAAAAGUAUCGUUAAAAGCGAAAAUAAAUUUACAUCUCACGAAGAACAAUAUGACACCUUUUACACGUCUGUCGCAGCCCUUGCAGCCGAUUAUCUCAGCGGUUGUGUUAAUACAUUUUCCAAAAGUCAAGUAUCGAUAGUUUGUCAAGCAUGUAGAAUAUUGCUUGUAUGUCUGGUGAACAAAUUAUCCGAAAUUCAAUUGGGAGAUGGAACUCCUACCAUUUUAAGUACUAAGCAAUUGUUGCUUCCGAUUCGUGCUCUUUGUACAGGACAGUCCUUGCUUACGUCUGCCGACGAAGUAGCCUUAAUUGCUACGAUAAAGAAUUCCAAGGUACCUCCCUGCGUAAAGUCGCAGUCACCUGGUGUCAAAAAAGAUUCUUCUCAAUCCUCAAAAGAUUCCAUGAGGGUACGAUGCGAUUUGUCCAACAGCAUUCUAGAACAAUUGACUAUGCCUUUACAAGAUUUUACGUUAUCCGUGCCUCGUGUCGUCGAAAGCUCCAAUGAGAGUAUAAAUAAAAUUACGAACGACGGCACGGUUAAUGAACCUCACUCUGAUGCGAAGACAACAUUCGUCAUAAAUAAUAUAAAUAUUUUACAAAGUAUGGGUGCAGGCGAUAUUCUUUUGGACAUGUGUUUGAAUCUUUCUCAUCUGUCGCGUUACAUUCGUAAAUAUCAAGCGUAUUUAAACAAAAAAGGUUUCAGUUUACCCGCUAAUGCUUCGGAAGCACACGCUAUACGGCAUAGUUUGCAUUCUGUAGCAAAUGACAUUAAUAUCGUACAUAAUGUAAUAUCUUUGCCAUUAUUGGAACCACUGACCCCGGUCAAACUAGAAAAAUUAUCGGUACUGACCAUGUCUUGUCUGUAUUGUUCGAUCGCGAACGCGACCGCAUCCAGUAUUGUUGGAAUAACAAAUGCGGUAUCACCAAAGUGCAGUACAAAUACUUCUGGUGCAACACAAAUUAAUCAAGGCGGUAAAAAUAUGGAAGAAGAAUAUGAUACCUUGGCGAUUACGGUGGUAGAGAAAAGUCUCGAAAUAUUUGGGCUGGUUUCGAAUGUAAUAAGGAACAGUACACGAGCAGGCGGUCAUAUUCUACAAAAUCAUUUAUUAAUCGGUGUAUGGUUAUUGGUGACCGGUUUGCAAGCUCAACUUUCGGUAAGCAGUUUUAGUGCGGCGGACAAGGGUAAAGAAGAAAAGGGAAAAUCGCCCAGUAAAGCGCGAGAUGGAACUGCUCGUGUCAAUUUGAUGAAAGUCCAGCAAGGUUUUGGAGUGCUUUCAGUAGCAUUAGCUUCUCACGCGCUAACGAUAAUGAGCGCUCUGUUGGAAGAUGUAUCUGUGGAAGCGAUUACCGAUUGUGCAGUACCUCCUGAGCCAGCCCCGCUAGAUAUUUUGUCUACUACAACAGCGCUUCAAAGGGCAGUUACUUUCCUUCAAGCAGUACCGCUUAACCAUUUAUUGUUUUAUUUGGCCACUAUUAGUUACAGAAAGGCCUGUACUUUGAAAAGGGUACAGAAACAUCCUUUUGAAGGUGAUGCCUUAAGCCAAUCCGAUUCCACGACUUAUUACGAAGAGCUGUUAAGCUGUUCGGAUAAUUCUACCGACGAAGAGGAGGACAGCGAACCUAUUCUGGGCUUAUGGUUCGAAGAAACCAUUGCUCCGUCCGACGAAUCACCUGCGAACGGUACGAAGGAACCCAGUAACGAAACCAGCGCCGAACGAACGGUAACUACUAUCGUUCCUGAUAAUCGUGAACCUCAUGGUUAUAUAUCACUGGCCACUAAAAUUUUCCAAUUUAUGAAUCAACAUUUAAUCGGUAGUCGAAGCUCUUACGUACGCGAAUAUGUAGUAAACGGCUUGGUAGAACAACAGAUGGUUAUAUUAGCAGCGAUAAUCAGAGAUUUGGAUCAUGAAACUGCUAGAACAGAAACCGGUACAAUCUCGGUAUUCUAUGGCGCAACUUUGGGCACCAUGUAUUCUGAAUUUUCUCAAGCUUUGAGCCGUUACACUCACAAUUUACUUGCACGCAAUACUUUGAGCGAAAGUUUACAAAGCACACUUCUUCAGCACUUAGGAGUAAAUCCUUGGGCUGGUACGGAAAGUACAACUGCAUGUACUUGGCCACUUCAAGUUUAUCCCAGAACCUUGAGCGUGCUAGCACAGGUUCUUUUAUUGAAACCUCAAUCAGAGAAAGAAGCUGCUUGUAUAAGUAUAUGGCAUAGAUUAGUAACAACGAUGGUAGAGAACGUGUGCAAUCCACCUUCCACGUUUGAAGCUGAAAACGAAGACUUAAAUGUGGAACAUGCUCAACUGGUUUUAAUUCUCUUUCAUUCCCUGAAUUUGAUGCAAAAGAAAUCGGUACUGCUUGUAACCGGAAGCGGUGCUGUACGUUGUAGCGAAGCAAUUAAAACUCCUAUGAAGGAUUCUCAGUUGCUGCAUUUGUCACGACUGUUAUUAUUACUCGAGUACAUGAUGAAACAUCUUUAUGACGCGCCUCUUGCUUUGCUCGAACAGGUUCAGUGGAAUCUGUUUUCGGCUACGAGUCUCGUUUGUGACACAAAAGAUGGUAACAAACAAACGGCCCGAAUUUUUACAUCGUGGACAGAAAUAGAAGAUAAUUAUCGUAAAUUCGGUAGCCAAGAUGAAUUUUCAAUGAAGCCUCGAUUUUACAAUCUUUCUACGACAGAUUUCAAUAAUCAAGAUACACCAAAAUUGGAUGGAUUGGCAUGCAACUUUAUUUUGGGUGCAUCGGAUAAAAUGAAAUAUCCCCUGUUGGUGGAUGCGUUAAUAGAUAUAUUGAACGUUUUGAACCAGACAGAUACACAGAAGAAAACGAGUAGCGACGAUAAAGAAAAAAUGCCUUCAUUUUUAGGGUUGUGUGCGAUUCGCUAUUGUUUCUCCAUAUGUUGGCGUUUAUUACUGAUGUUACCGCCUUCUACACCGUACAUGGAUAAACUAGCUCUCGGCGAGGAAAUUCCUGCUGGGCCUAUGUUACUUUACUCUUUGGUUUGGGGACCUAGAGCUGCAUAUAAAACGUUUACCAGUUGGAUGAAGGAUUACUUGGUCAGGCAAGGAAUGUAUACCCAGUAUGCGGAGAAUCUUUUAAAAACUGUAUCGUCUACUGUCAAUACGCUCAAGUAUGAUAUUACGGUUGCAAAAAAUUGUAUCACAGCGCUAAAACCGGAGACUAAUUUUAACGAUCAAAUAAUGCCAAAAAGCGCAUUACCGAAGCUUAGUUCGUUGUGUAUUUUGGCCGCGGUUAUCGGCAAAUUGCAAGUUCUCUUCGACGAAAGUAUAUCGAAAAGUCAAAACGAAAACGUCGAAAGUUCCAAAAAUUCGCAAAGUUCGGAAGCUGGAAAUACAAGUGCGAAUGCAACUACGAGUAGUACGAACACGAACACGAAUACGAACACGAACAAAAUGAUAGUUAGUAUUCUUCCUCACGUUCUUUCGUUAACCGAGGCUAUUCUAUCCUCGUGUCGGUCGAGUAUACUUCACCAAAUGAUCGAGUCGUUGGAACAAGAAGGUAAAUAUGGCCCACGGGACUAUUUGGUACUCGAUGAUAUCAUCGCGAUGGCGGGUGCGAAUUGGGCAACCGAAGCAUCCUUGAUCACCUUUUUACCGAACUCUUUAAAGUCGAUUCUCGAUAAAUGGAAGUCAAUUAACGUUGCACACAUCCCAUGGAACACUUACGCGAAUGACAUAAUACCGGCGGAAAGUUACAUCUUGACAACUGUCAAUCAUCAUGUGAGCUCGCUUUCCGAAUAUCCAACCUUUUCUAUUAAUCCGUCUCUGAAGAAUUUGUUGCACAGUUUGGUUACUUUUAUAGUAGAAUAUAUUACUCCUACCACGGCACCGGAAAACUCGGACAUACGUUCACAGGCGUUAAACAUCCUGGUUGCGUUAUCUAUGGAUGCUCGUACAGAUUAUCUUCAAAAUAUGACUAACAAGGCUUUGACAAAACUUUUGGGCGACAGCGAGAAUGAGUCGCGUCAGCUUCGGGAACACUUGUUUAUAUUACGUGACACGUACAAUUUGAUAAUCGAAUACACCAAUGAUACUCAAGAUCCUGUCAGUAUUACUAUCGAUGAAAAGAUUUUAAAACGAUGUAUCAAAUAUUGGGAACAGUUGUUGGAAAAACCAGUUGGAUGCAAAGCUCUGGACUUAUUUUUUGCCCCAAAUACCAAUCGAUCUCUUGUCUCCGUCUUAUUAUGCAUAACGUCUUCUCAGUCGUCUCAACAGUUUGCCACUUACGUUUUACGUUUCUUCAACACGUUGUUCCGGACAGCUGAAAAAGGAAAUUAUGGAUCGCUGGAACGUCUUUGUGGAUCCGUAUCGAACUUGGCUCAUGUAGAAACGGAAAAAUUGCAAACUUGGUUAAAGCAAGUCAUUUUGGGAGCAACAAGUAUUUCGCCGAGCGCGUCGUCGACGAACGUGCAAACGCCUACGGUAGUAACUGCGAACGCGUUGGUCGCUGUUACCGGGACAUCGGACGAUUCACAGAAGGCAGACGAGGUCAGUAGCGCGCCUAAUAACGAACAGGAUCAGUGGUUAAUCUUGUUGCCGGACGAUUCCGUGAGUAAUAAUCAAUCCGCAAGCAUCACCGACGAUCAGCAACAGCAACAGCAGUUGCAACAACAGCAGCAGCAGCAGUUGCAACAGCAACAUUCGAUGCAUGAAAAUAGUCGACUUUUACGGGCGCUUACAAAUUAUAUAGUUAAAGAGAAAAGUAGCGUGGAUGAAGGUGUUCCCGUCACGAUUCUUCGAGCUCUUAUACCAUUGGCUUAUCAUAUUCUUUCUUCGACGAUCGAAGGCAAUGGUUUUUCAGAAUUAAUGAACGUUAUGUCGACGUUAGCGGACGCUGGUUCAGAAAAGGGUCAUACGUUAUUAUUUAAAGCUGCGAUCGAGUGGAUCGAACUAUGCAAAGAGCAAUUGACGAAUAAGGAUCUUCAAAGUCUGGAUAAACCAUUGCCGUUCGUCGAAGCUGGUUGCUGUAUACUGAAUUAUAUAGCAGAUAUAGUAAGCGCGAUUUGUCCACAAUCGAUAUAUUCGCAAGAUCGAGCAACGAGUCCGCCGUGGGAAGGUGCGACUCCGGUUAACGACGUAAACGAUAGCGAUUGGGUAGAUGAAAUUCCCCAUGAAGACGAAGACAGUGCCGCUGAGGAUUCUGACGAGGACAGUCUUUGCAACAAACUCUGUACUUUCACCAUCACGCAGAAAGAAUUCAUGAAUCAACAUUGGUAUCAUUGUCACACUUGCAACAUGGUAGACGGAGUUGGUGUAUGUACGGUCUGCGCUCGCGUUUGUCAUCGUGGACACGAUGUCACUUAUGCGAAAUAUGGAAACUUCUUUUGCGAUUGCGGUGCCAAAGAUGACGGAUUUUGUCAAGCUUUGACCAAAAGAAGCCCGCAAACGUCGGAACACCAAAGUAACGCUGGCGCGGUCGGUGGCGGCGGAAGCAGCAGCACGGUUGUAUCGAGCAGUGCGUGUUCGACCGGUGUCACCGCUGGCCCGAGUUACACCAGUACGGCCCGAGCUUCCCAAGACAAUCGAGAUCUCUUUCUUACCAGUAAUUUGCGUCGAAGAACAUCUAGUCCUUUGUAUUUUUCCGAUAAACAGGAGAAACAAGGACGCGAUAAGCAAAGGCAUACGUGCUUAGCGAAGCAACUAGAAUCAUCGAAAGAAUGGAUGCAAAAUCAUCUUUGGAAAACCGGUUUAGUUUCGUCUCUGGUCGAUUUGACCCGUACCUUGGUACCGGUGGUGGACGCAUCUUGUAAAAAGAAUUCGGCGGUUGGUUGUCACGCGCGUGCUCAAGCGGCGCUUAAACAGUUACAUACGAUGGAUAAGAAGUUUGAAUACACCGACCAGUUAACGCUUCCGACAUUGGGAUCGCAAGAGGGUGCAUUUGAAAAUGUUCGAAUGAAUUAUUCGGGAGAUCAGGGACAAACCAUCAGGCAGUUACUGUCCGCGCACAUGAUACGCCGAGUCGCGAUGUGUUGUCUGUCGUCGCCAAACGGUAAACGACAACAUUUGGCGGUCUCGCAUGAAAAGGGUAAGAUAACAGUGUUGCAAUUGAGCGCUCUGUUAAAACAGCCGGAUUCUUCGAAGAGAAAAUUGACGUUAACCAGACUCGCUUCCGCGCCGGUACCCUUUACCGUACUUUCGGUAACCGGUAAUCAAUGGAACGAAGAUUUUCUGGCUGUUUGCGGUUUCAAAGACUGUCACGUGUUAACGUUCAACACAUCUGGAACAGUGUCCGAUCAUUUGGUUUUGCAUCCUCAAUUGGAAACCGGUAAUUUCAUCAUAAAAGCAAUUUGGUUGCCUGGAUCUCAAACUCAGCUGGCAUUGGUUACCGCGGAUUUCGUGAAAAUCUAUGAUCUCGCGAAAGACGCGCUUUGUCCUCAAUAUUACUUUUUAGUACCGACCGGAAAGAUUCGGGACUGUACGUUCAUGUACGCGGAAGACGGUGUUUUUUACUUGUUAAUAAUGUCAUCGGCCGGCUAUAUUUAUAGUCAGGUAAUGGACGAAGAAAGUUUAGCGAAACACGGUCCGUUCUACGUGACCAAUACUCUCGACAUCUAUCAUCCAGAAAUAAAGGAUAACGGUCAAGUUGGCGGUGGUGGCGUGUCAAUUUAUUAUUCUCAUGCUCUACAAUUGCUUUUCUUCAGUUAUACGUGUGGUAAAAGUUUUAUCGCCCCGCUGAAGUAUAUGGACACAGACGUGACCACCGUGUUUCAAAUAAAUCUCGCUGGCAAUAAAAGUUCGAACGGGAACAAAUCGAACAACAAUCAGCCGCAACCGCUGUGUCAGUGGAGCGAAGUACCGAAUCAUCCUGGACUGAUUUGCUCGGUCUUACAGACCAGUAACAAUCCCGUGAUAUUGAUGAUCAAACCUGACACGAUAAUGAUUCAAGAGAUCAAAGUGAUCCCCGCCAAGGCUAAAAUAAUGGAUAUGGUCGCCAUAAGACAUCCAAGUUCGAACGGCGAACAUCGUACUACAUUGAUACUGUUGUGCGAAGAUGGAAGCCUGAAGAUUCAUAUGGCUGGAAUGGAACAGACCGGGUAUUGGAUGUCAUCUAUGGUUCAACCGAUUGGUGCAUUAUCGAACGUUAAGCCGGCUCGAAAAAAGAAAACGACCAAGACCGGGAAGCCUUCGGGCUCCGUCACUUUUCCUAUCGAUUUCUUCGAACACUGUCAGGCGAUGAACGACGUCGAAUUUGGCGGUAACGAUUUACUGCAAAUUUACAACGUGGCGCAAAUCAAACAUAGACUGAACACCACCGGCAUGUACGUUGUUUCUACGAAAGCGAUGGGAUUCAACGUCGAAGUUACCAAUAACGAUCCUGUUUUGGUUAUGACUGGAAUCAGAGUAUUACUCGGAAAUCAAGAUAUUCAAAGAGCUCCAGUUAAUAUCGAGGUGUUCGGUCGAAGGAUAUAUACGACCGUGAACAGACAUCGAUGGUUCGAUAUUCCUUUAACUCGGGAAGAAAGUCUUCAAGCUGACAAAAAAUUGACUAUCACGUUUGGACCGUCACAAGACCACGAAGGAGUCAUUAUCGUGGAUUCCAUUAAAAUAUACGGUAAAACGAAAGACGCGUUCGGUUGGCCAGAAGAAAUAGAAGAUGUUUCGUCUGGUCAGUCAACGUCUGCGCCUGUAACCACGAUAAACAACGAUGUGGACGGUUCUCUCGUUGCGCCAGCUCCUUUGUCGUCCGUCGAUAGCACCAGGAAGGCCAAUUCCCUUAAUAUCGAAAGAAUGGUCGCGGGUAUGUUGGAAGUGUUGGAAUUGUCGUUCAAUGUUCCUACCAACGAUGAGAACAGAUUAUCGUUAAAGGCUACAGCGAUCGACGUAGCGUCAAAGUUAUUGAUAUUGCCAACUCCGCCGCUGCUACAAAUCCAUACGACUGCCCUUUUGGCAGCGUUGCAUUCGUCCAAGCAGGCCUAUCAUCUGCACAAGGAUCACGUGUUACUCUCUCAUGUAUUAGAUUCGUUAAAAUCAAUGAGAGAAGUGAACGAUGCGCGAGACAUCGAUGCAGAAAACUACUAUAGACUCGUGCUAAUUGUUCGAAGUAUUUCUGUUUCGCGACCACAGAAUCUGGCUAAAUUUACCGAUCAAUAUACGAAUAAACCGAUAGACGAGACCAACGUACCAAUUUUCGAAAAGGAUCGACAAAACGUUCAUCAACCGUGCAAAACCGUGGAUGGAAAUCAACAACACUUGAUCGUGCAGCUUAUGGAAAUAUUAUGGUCUUUGCAUAUGGCAUACCCGAAAAAUAUGGCUUUGGCACCCGUUGUGAUCCCAGGAUUGACUCAUGCCGAAGGAACGAUUCACGCGAUCGUUGAAAUAAUUCAUGCAUUUACGACGUGCGACAUCGAGAAGAACGUUCCUUUGGCCGCUAAAUUGUAUCUCCAGUUAUUGUUGUCGUCCGAUACAACGAUCAGUUUCACCGCUAAACAGGCGAUAAUUCGAGUUUUAAGACCAAAGUAUAAAAAAAGGAGCAUUUAUAUACCUAGCCCACCGAACUGUAGUACUCCAGGAAUAGCAGUAGAUACGGAAGAGAAGUCAACGUCGAUAUCCGUACAACCGCAACGAGAUGCUACAGCACCAACACCGAUAGCGUCUGCACCUACGUCCACAUCGGCAUCGGCAUCGUUGUCGACAUCCGUAUCGACAUCGACAUCGACAUCGACAUCAACGUCGGCAUCGGCAUCCACGUCCACAUCAGCACCGGUUCCGGUAACUUCGACAACAACGGAUCGAGAAGUUGAACAACAUUUGGAGGUUCAGCCGAUAGGAUCGGUGACUGAUCGGUUAGUUUCAACUGUGGAUAGCAACCAAGCGUCCGCUGCUUCUACGACCGGUGCCACGAUUACAACAAGAAAUACAACCGGUGGUGGUAACGCCAGUGCCGGUAGCAGCGGAUCGGUCACUGCUACGAGGGGAAGUGUCAAUUCUUUCGAGACGUUAUUGAGUUCCAGAAACUUUUCGCAAAUAUUAGACGUUCCACCAGAUACCGAUGAUGAGGCAAUGAUGGAACUAGCGAUUGCGCUAAGCUUACAGGACGAAGGAGGAAGCGCUGAUUUGCAAGUGUUGCGACAAGGAUUUCAACAAAAUAUACCGAACUUACAAGGGUUAGAAAACCUUCAAAACUUGAGUGGGCCAACAUUACAAAGUUUACAAACGUUAGCAGCACAGGGAUUGGUUCAGGUUCAAGCCACGAAUCAAAGUCAAGAGGGCGGAGGACAUUAUUCGGAUACGACCGCUUCCGCCGGUGGUUCAGAUGACGAGGGAUCAACCGCCGCUACCGAUGGUAGCACGUUACGAACAUCUCCGGCAGAACAAGGUGGUAGCGGUGGUAGCAAGGGAAGCGAGAGCGGUGGAAGCGAAAGCGGAGGAAGCGCAGUAGACAGCAUGACGGGGGAACAUAACGUAUCAGGCAGGAGCUCCGCGUACGGAGACAAUGGUCCCGAUUCUAUACCUCCGAUCGGAGGAAUUACGGUCAAUCAAACGCCACGUUCCGAAAGUAAUUCCGCGGGUAUUACCACGGCAUUCCCCGUUAUCGAGCAAGAGGAAGGUGCGGAACAGGAAAACGUGGUUGAACAAGAAAAUGACACCAGCUGCGAAACAACCGCGAAACUGCAUACAGCUCGAUUGUUAUUGCUCGACAAACUUAUGCAAUUUAUACCGAACUUGACUAACGUACCAGGUGUACUGGCCAUUCCUUUUAUGCAGGUUCUAUUAAUGUUAACGGCCGAUUUAGAUGGGCAGGACGAAAAAGACAGAGCUUGCGUCGAACGAUUGCUUCGAAUAUUGGUGAAAGAAUUGGAAAUGGAUAAACCGGAUACGAGUAAUAUAUGCCAACGUAGUAACAAAAGAGAAGUUCAUUUGGUUAUUAUGCGAUUACUGAGCGUUUUAAUGUCCCGAUCAAAAUAUACUGUAAAAACACAAAACGAAAAUUCGAAUUUCGUUUCUCAAAUGGCAGCCGAAAUACUGAGUAAAGCAGGGGUAAUCGAUUAUUGUUUGACGUUGUCGAAAGCAUUGUUGGAAUACUGGAAAACGACAUCGACCGAAGAAACUGGAACCGUUCUCGGUGGUCAGUUAUUGAAAGAACAUCUUACAAACACUCUGCCCGACAUGUCACCGUUCUUUUUACGGCAACACGUGAAAGGCCAUGCCGGUGAUAUAUUUGAGCCGUAUCCACAAUUAUUAACGGAAAUGGUAUUGAGAUUACCCUACCAAGUGCACAAAUACGCGGAAAACAGUUCGAUGCAACCGGCAUUCGAACAGUCGUGGUACUUUUAUUUGUGCGAAUACAUGAUGUCAUAUCAGACGAUACUGGUCAGACGUCAAGUACGCAAGUUGCUGCUGUUUGUCUGUGGAAAUAAAGAAAAAUACCGACAAUUGCGUGAUUUGCACGCUUUAAUUUCGCACGUGCUGUCAGUACAGCAGUGUUGUACCGCUGGUGGAUUCGAACCUCUUCAAGCGCGACCACAUUCCAUCAACUUGCCGUACGAUUCUUUGGUGAAAUUGAUCGAACAUCUUAAAUACUGCGUCGAGAUCGCUACCAGCCGCACGGGAAAUUGGCAACGAUUCUGUUUGAAACAGAACACGGUGCUAUCUUAUUUGUUUACUAUAUCGACGCUGUUAGACGAAGGUGUUAGUCCCACUGUGUUACAGCUGUUGCAGUGUGCUAUUUGUUCGAGUAACAAAUCAAAGGAAGCAAAGGAUAGCAAAGCGAAGGAAUCGAAAGCUAGCAACGCGGGAAGUAAAGAGAGACGGGAACGCGAAAAGUCCGAAGAUUCCGAUACGGAAGCUAAAUUCGAGGAAACUCAAUGUUUAGCUUUGGUCGAGCAGAUUCAGAAACAAGUGUCGCCGAGCUUGUUAACAAGAUUCAUCCAGACUUUCUUACUCGAAACGAACAAUACUAAUGUACGUUGGCAGGCGCAUUCCCUGAUACUGGCUAUUUACAAAAAUUGCAAUCCCGCCGACCAAGAAAUUUUGCUAGAUUUGUUGUGGCGUUUAUGGCCUCUGUUACCUGCUUACGGUCGAAAAGCGGCACAGUUCGUCGACUUGUUGGGUUACUUCUCUCUAAAAACACCUCAGGCAAACAAAAAAAUGCAUUGUUACAUGGAGCAAGCGGUUGCAGUGUUACGCGCGCAAAAUCAGUUACUCGCGCGUCACCCGAACGCGAAUCUUUACGCGAAUUUAGCUCAAUUCGUUGAAUUGGACGGGUAUUAUUUGGAAAGCGAACCAUGUUUGGUGUGCAAUAAUCCAGAAGUUCCGAUGACGACGAUCAAACUCUCCUCGAUCAAAGUCGAUUCGAAAUUCACCACGACGACGCAAAUUGUGAAAUUGAUAGGUAGUCAUACAAUUAGUCGAAUCACCCUUCGUAUCGGUGAUCUUAAAAGAACAAAAAUGGUGCGCAUGAUCAAUAUAUACUAUAACAACCGAUCGGUUCAGGCAGUAGUCGAAUUAAAGAAUAAACCUGCUAUGUGGCAUAAAGCGAAAAAGAUCACGUUGGCUCAAGGACAAACGGAGAUCAAGAUGGAAUUUCCAUUGCCGAUCGUUGCCUGCAAUCUGAUGAUCGAAUACGCGGAUUUUUACGAGGAUAUACAAGCCUCCUCCGAAACGUUACAAUGUCCACGGUGUUCGGCGAACGUUCCAGCGAAUCCAGGCGUUUGCGCCAACUGCGGAGAGAACGUGUUUCAGUGUCAUAAGUGUCGAGCAAUCAAUUACGACGAAAAGGAUCCGUUCUUGUGCCACGCCUGCGGAUUUUGUAAAUAUGCCAAGUUCGACUACACGCUCACCGGAAGACCCUGUUGCGCCGUAGAUCCGAUCGAAAGCGACGAUGAUCGGAAGAAGACGGUAGCGACGAUCAACGCUUUGCUCGAAAAAGCUGACAGGGUGUACAAAAAUCUCAUCUCGAACAAACCGACUCUGGAAAUGUUGUUACUAAAGAUAUCGGAACAUCGGUUGGAUCGUACGUUGGAAGACGGUGGUAGCGGCGCUAUGCAGGUGUCUAGCGGGAGUACACAGGUGAACAGAGCUAUACAGUUGCUCGCUCAGAGAUAUUGCGGCGAAUGCAAAACCUCGUUCGAGGAACUCAGCAAAAUUAUUCAAAGAGUUCUGGCCUGUCGGCGAGAAUUGGUAGCGUACGAUCGACAGCAGCGAGGGCAAAUGGUGACCGGAAAUGGUAGUAGCGGUGGAGGUGGUACUACUAGCGGCGAUACUGGUAUCGGUACUAGUGUCGGUGCUGAUACUGGUACUGGCGCUGGCAUCGAUACCGAUACCGAUACCGGAACAGGCGCCGGUGCCAGUAGUUGUUCCAACAUCGAUACAUCGGACGUCAAGGAAGAGUGUUUAAGAACGUUGACGACGAUGACGACAACGACGACGACGACGAUGACGACGUCGCCGACAGCAACAACAACCACUACAAUGACGAUGACAGCGACGACUACGUCGUCGACGUUGACCAGCAGUUCAGCGAGUACGCCGGCCGCGAUUACGACCGUGAAUCCUCAGACGAUAGGUCGUUGUUACGGAUGCGCUACCGCGGCUACGGAACACUGUUUAACUUUGUUACGGGCUCUCGCUACCAAUCAAGUAGCCAAAGACGUACUCUGUAAACAGGGAUUGAUUCAAGAAUUGGUCGAACAUAAUUUGCGUAAGGGGACAGUUCAGAUGCAGGAAGAAGUGAGGCAGUUGCUCUGUCUCGUAACCACGGACAACGCACAGUCUAGCAAAGAGUUAUGUUCCCUGUUGACUGGUCGUAUCACGUUAAUGCUUCGAGGUCGUGUCGCUACUUCGGACCUAGCUUUGGCGGUGCGUCAUGAAAUGGCGUUAUUGGCUGCGCUGAUUCAAAAGGAGGACGCCUGUUGGGAACAGAAAUUACGGUGCGUGAUGCAACUAUUUUUGAUGGCCUGUAAGGAAUCGAAGAGCCCAGUCGUGAUGGAGAGUAUUAUUUUACCGUGUUUGAAGAUAUUGCAAGGCCUGGUGAAGCCGGAACAACCGAUCUCGAAAAAGAACAAAGACAAAAGUAUCGAAUCGUUGGCAACGGUUCAGGCACCCGAGUGCGUCACCAUCGACGUGGGCAAAUGGUUAAACGGAGACUCGAAACAUUCUUACUCGGAAUGGAUUCGUCGUAUGCCGAGCAAAAAGUCGGAAAGUUCGUCUAGUUCUACGAAGCCGUUGAAAAAGGAAGAAACACGGGUUCUUUAUUUGAUGGAAAAGUACGGACACAGAUGGCGUAAUCGAUGCACCAGACAACACCAACAAGGAGGUGUUCAACCACUGAAAUUGGCCGACGGGGCUUGGCUGAAAGAAGUCUUGUUCAAUCCAAGCUCGCGACUCGCUCGUCAAGUCGCGUGCAACAUGAUCGAAAGUCUGUGUCAAGGGACUGAACGAAAGAAGGAGGUAUUACUCUUGUUGACCUGUUAUUUGGAAGAGUUGCGCACUGCCGGUGAAAGCAGCACCGAGUUUCUCGCGUUGUACCAAAGUUUAAUCCGGCAACCACCGUGGAAACAGUUUCUGGCGGUACGAGGCGUAAUGACUUUGCUCGCGGAUCUGCUCACCAGAGAAAUCGAAGAGCUUCACCGAUUAGAAGAAACGACGCUGACCAGCGACCUGGCCCAAGGUUAUUCCCUAAAAAUGUUAACCGAAUUGAUGGCAACGUUCCUCGAACAGGAGAACAUUAAGCAACAGUACAAAGGUAGAUUGGUAGCAGCGGUCUUGAACGGUUAUCUGUCUUUGAGAAGGUUGGUCGUCCAACGUACCAGGUUGAUCGACGACACGCAAGAGAAGUUGUUGGAGCUUCUCGAGGAGAUGACCACAGGCACCGAGGAAGAGGCGAAAGCGUUUAUGGCGAUCUGCGUGGAAACGGUGCAGAAAUACAGUGUCGAGGACGUACGUACGCCGGUAUUCAUUUUUGAACGGCUUUGCUCGAUCAUUUAUCCGGAAGAGAACGACGUAGGCGAAUUUUUCUUGACCCUCGAGAAGGAUUCGCAGCAAGAGGACUUCCUUCAAGGUAGAAUGUUGGGAAAUCCUUACAGUAGCUUGGAACCUGGAUUGGGGCCGCUUAUGAGGGACGUAAAGAACAAGAUCUGUCAGGAUUGCGAGUUGGUUGCUUUGCUCGAGGACGACAACGGAAUGGAACUGUUGGUGAACAACAAGAUCGUCAGCCUCGAUUUACCCGUGAAAGAGGUGUACAAGAAGAUUUGGGUGAUGGAAGGUGGCGAGUGCGACGCGAUGCGCGUCGUCUACCGUAUGCGAGGAUUGCUCGGUGACGCGACCGAGGAAUUCGUGGAAAGUUUGAACGCGAGCAGCGAACAAGAGGUAAACAACGAGGAGGCGUACAAGAUGGCGAACGUUCUGGCGGACUGCGGAGGUCUGCAAGUAAUGUUGAGCCGUUUAGCGGCCAUACAGGACGUGAAUCGAGCUCGGCCGUUACUUCAGGUUCUUCUCAAGCUGUUCCGGCUUUCGGUCAAGGUGAAGAGAAAUCAAGAGGUGCUGAGUAAACCGGAAUUAGGAGCGGUGACCGUGUUACUGGACGUUUUGCAACGUUGCCUUGCCACCGAAUCGGACAGUUCACAGGCUAAAGUUACCGAGCAAUUGUUGGACAUCAUGGAAACGAUAUUGACGCAUGCAGCCUCUCAACCAUUGUCCGCGUUCGAGCUAUUUUCUCGUACGUUGGGCGGUCCGGAACACGUUAAGGCCCUCCUCUCGUGUACCCAGUCAGCCGCUGUCAGACAAAGCAACAACGUGUUGGCGCACGUCGCGCGCGUAUUAGCCGCCCUUACUUACGGCAAUCGAGAGAAAAUGGCCCUUCUUUACGAUUAUUUCAAGCCCGUGUUGAACUUUUACAAGUUCGAUUUCGAACACACGCCGGAGGAUGAACAAAAGCUCGAGCUGUUUUGCAUUCUAACUCAAGCGAUCGAGCGCAACGCGAUCGGUAACACGCUCAAAGAUUACCUGAUUGGCAUGGGAAUCGUCGAGCACGCGUUCGAAUACAUAACCGUGCACGCGCCUUGCGUGAAACCUACUCUAUUGAGAACCGACAGCGACGAACUUAAGGAUUUCAUAUCGAAGCCAGCCCUCAAAUAUAUUCUACGAUUUCUUACCGGCCUAGCUACAGACCACGAACCGACGCAAUUGGCGGUCUCGCAACUCACCAUCAGCAUUAUUCAUCGGCUCGAACAAGUAUCCUCGGACGAGCACGUCGGCUCGUUAGCGGAAAACCUGUUGGAAGCUUUAUGCACGAACAAACGAGUCGCCGAAUUGAUCGAGGAGGCCCGACAGCAUACUCGUAGCGAGAAAAAGCGCUUAGCGAUGGCGAUGCGAGAAAGACAAUUGGGUGCGCUGGGAAUGCAAACGAACGACAAGGGUCAAGUGAUGGCCAGCGGAACGAUUUUGCAACAGAUGGAAGAUUUAGGCGACGAAACGGGAUUGGUGUGCGUCAUCUGCCGCGAAGGAUACAAAUUUAAGCCAAACCUGGUUUUAGGCAUAUACACCUUUUCGAAACGUUGCAACGUGGAAGAAUUUGAAACGAAACAGAGAAAGACAGUAGGCUAUACGACUGUCACACACUUCAACGUUGUUCACGUCGAUUGUCAUAUGUCGGCGGUAAGGUUGGCGCGCGCCAGAGACGAAUGGGAGAGCGCGGCCUUGCAAAAUGCUAACACCAAAUGUAACGGACUGUUGCCUUUGUGGGGUCCUCAAGUUCUGGAAUCGGCUUUUGCUGCUUGUUUGGCCAGACAUAAUACAUAUCUGCAAGAAUGCACCAGUCAUCGUGACAUAUCCUACCCGUCCACUGUUCAUGACCUCAAGCUGCUGUUGUUACGAUUCGCUCAAGAGAAAAGUUUUCAUGAAGAUAGUGGAGGGGGAGGACCUCAGUCGAACAUGCACUUGGUUCCCUACCUGCUUCACACCGCUCUUUACGUGAUCAACACCACGAGAGUAGCCGCUCGAGCGGACAAAACGUUAAUGGGAUACUUAGAAACACCACCCGGUUCAAGUUGGCUCGACAGUUGUUACGAAGCUGAAGGACCAUUUUAUCAAUGCACCAUGUCUCUUUUGCUUCUUACACCGGCCCGCUGGAAUACCCAUAGAAUCACUCAUUUGAACAGAUUGAUCGUUCUUGCCCAUCAACGAUACCUUUCACCGUUAUGCGCGACCAAAACGCUCGUCGAUGCAAUCGAUAGGCAUUACGUAAUAUACAAAAGCGCCUUGAUCUUUUUUGGAUUAGUCGAUUCUAUUUAUACCAAUUUCUUCAAGAAAGUCAACGUACUGACCGAUGAUCAGUGGCCUUCGGUCUUGGCCGAGUACAUCAGGCAUAACGACGAAGCUAUGCUAAAAGCAUCGGAACGCGUACUCGCCGCAUACCGCGACGAAUUAUUACCUUGUACAUCUUUCGAAGAAUUCUGCGACGUUGUUGGCUUAUUGGAAGAAAUACCCGAUCCUUCCACGUACAUAAGCGACGUUUUGCGAAAACUUGGUUAAGCGAUAUGUAUGCUAUUGAAAGAAAAUUCUAUUCUUCCUAUACACCCUCUUCCUCUCCCUCCAAUUUUUAACAUAAAUCUCACUAUUUAUGUCUUACACUUCCAAAUUACAUUUCUUCUACUUUCGUUGCCUUUGACUAUGUGAAACGUUAUUUGUGUAUAGCCUAGUUCUUUUGCCGAAUCACCGAUUGCUUUCACCGUUGACGGUUAACGUAACGUUAGCGAAAACCGUUACUCCGAUUAAUAUACUCGCACCGCUGUGUACAUUGCGGAUCAUCUUUAUUGCUUUUGGUAGAAUAAAACGAAUAUUCGGUGUAUCGCGUGGUGUUACUCUCGACUCUACGAUUAUAUGUUAAAAAACAGAAAUAAGAAACAAAUAUGUGCUUUAAUAAAAUGUGAAAUACC